AUGCUCAUCGCUGCCGCGUGCAUUGCGUCCAUCCAUGUGUGUAUUGCGAGCUUGGAAAAGCUCAAGGACGACAACCAGGAGCUCUAUGCCAAGCUCGUUGCGCGCUGUCGCCAGCGAACGCCGGCGGCCGGGAGCCCCGUCAAAAUCGGCAGCCUCGCGUGCGUGCACUGUAUCGAAGACGCGGUCUUGUACUACUUCCUCUGCGAGAAGCACUGGAAUGUACUCUACUUCUCGGUCGCGGACCCGGCGCGCGGCCGCCCGUACGACUUGACGCCGGCGACGUCGGGGAAAGGCGAGCACUACGUCCUGUCGUCCAAACACCUCGUGCACGUCAAGCCCAUCCCGCUCUUCCAGCAGCUCCUUCGGCGCCGCAUGGUCAUGCACUCGAGACAUUACGUCCGGCAGCGCAUGUACCGCAGCACGACGCUGCUUGGACAGCUGCAUUGCGGCCGACCGAUGCAUGCGUCGGCGCUGCGCGAGAUCCAAAUGCGAACGAGCCACCGCAUCCAGUCGCAGCGCGCGCUCCGUCUUGCCGCCACCAAGCCGUCCAUGUCGCUGGCCCACGCGCACGCAACCCAGUUCAAGGAGCUCGAGGCACAGCUCGUCGACCGCGAUAACACGACACUCUCCGCGCUGAACGCAGCCGAUAUGUUUGAAAUGCGCCACGCGUAUCCUGGCUGGACGUCGCUUUCGAUGCCCAUCUGA